UAUUCAAAAUGGCACCGUCUCAAUCAGGAAGUGGAGAAAACAACUAAGAAGAAUAAGUUGGAUAAAAUUCCUUAUUUCUAUUACUUUGACGCGAGUCUUCGUUCAAAAGUCGCCCGUUUGCCCGGGGCUUGGAUUGAGAACAAGUAACACGUUAACGGUCAUGGAGAGCAUUUGCCUUUGUUAGAAGUACAAUCUCAGACACAGCCAGCACGUGGGUAGCGGUCGGAGGGUGCAUAGCCUAAGUCAGCUGGUGGUCAUGUGUGAAGCUGCGGUCUGAUGCCCAUCCUCCCCUCAGCGCUGGCCAUGGACGGGGAGAACUACCUGCAUCCAGAAGGCCCUCAGCUGGACAGCAGCUUGUUCUCUGUGACCCCUAACAUGCAGAGUUCAAUAUACGCCUCCUCUGGUUCCUGGGGACCCUACCCUCAGCAGGCUGGAUACAGCAUACACUGCCCUAUGCAAUCUGGAAACCAGCAAUACCACUUGAACAGCAGCACUACCACCACCACUCCGGAUGUGCACAUGGACAUUUACCCUGGAUUCCAGGAUAUGGACUUUCCCAACCUCAACCUCCCUAGGAAUGGAGAUUUCCCCCAGGACCUGUCCUGCAUUGAUGACCUCUCCACAAACUCUCUGUUCUCCUCUCCGGCUGACUCACUGUCGGAGUAUGCUGAUGCCCAGUCCUUCAUCAGCACAGACAACCUGGACACAGUGCCCACCCUCUGGGACAUCAACACUACUACCACCAACACACCAGCACAGAGCCAGGUAGAGCUGAAUGGCACCGGCAGGUUUCAGGGCUUGGCCAGUUUGGAUGAUAUAACUGCUAUUAUCAGCACCCCACCUUUAGGAGGAUUUCAGGCUCCGAGAACCCAGCCGCCACCAGAGGAGGAAGAGGAGGCUGAAGGAAGAGAAGAGCAAAGGAUGCUGGGACAUGUAGACACAUAUGCUGAGUACAAACCUUCCAAAUCUACUAUAGGAAUUUCUCAUCCUGACAUAGUGGUGGAAACCAACACGCUAUCCAGUGUCCCUCCACCUGACAUCACAUACACUCUGUCUAUCCCUGAGACAACAAUUUCCACUGGCCUGCUGUCCGCUCUGCAGCUAGAGGCCAUUAUCUACGCCUGCCAGCAACACGAGGUUAUCCUUCAAAACAACCAGAGGGCAGGCUUCCUGAUCGGAGAUGGGGCUGGGGUCGGAAAGGGACGCACUGUGGCAGGAAUCAUCCUGGAGAACUACCUUAAGGGAAGGAAGAAAUCACUAUGGUUCAGCAUAUCCAAUGACCUGAAAUUUGAUGCAGAGAGAGAUCUCAAAGACAUAGAUGCACCGUAUAUUCCUGUGCAUGCCUUAAACAAGAUCAAGUAUGGAGACACAGCUACCUCAGAAGGAGUCCUGUUUGCAACUUACUCUGCGCUGAUUGGAGAGAGCCAGGCAGGAGGGCAGCACCGGACGAGAAUUAAACAGAUCCUAGAUUGGUGCAAGCCAGACUUUGACGGAGUUAUUAUUUUUGAUGAAUGCCACAAAGCCAAGAAUGCCACAUCUACAAAGAUGGGCAAGGCAGUGCUUGACCUGCAAAACAAGCUGCCACGGGCCAGAGUGGUGUACGCCAGUGCCACAGGUGCCUCUGAGCCAAAGAACAUGAUCUACAUGAGCCGCCUGGGAAUCUGGGGUGAGGGCACACCCUUCAGAAUCUUUGAUGACUUCCUGCACGCCAUCGAGAAGAGAGGUGUCGGUGCCAUGGAGAUUGUUGCCAUGGACAUGAAAGUGAGCGGGAUGUACAUCGCCAGGCAGCUGAGCUUCUCAGGGGUGUCUUUCCGCAUUGAAGAGAUUGGACUGGACAGUGACUUCAAACUGGUCUAUAACAAAGCUGCCAAACUGUGGGCGGAAGCAUUGCAGGUGUUCAUGCGUGCAGCUGAUGAGCUGUGCCUGGUCAGCAGGAAGUCUCUGUGGGGGCAGUUCUGGUCGUCUCACCAGCGCUUCUUCAAAUACCUCUGUAUCGCUGCCAAGGUCCGCUGUCUGGUGGAGCUGGCCCAAAAAGAGCUGAAGGCCGGAAAGUGCAUCGUUAUUGGGCUGCAGUCUACUGGGGAGUCCCGCACCAGAGAAGUCCUGGAUGAGAAUGAUGGGCAUCUUGACAGAUUUGUUUCUGCAGCAGAGGGAGUAUUCCAGUCUCUGGUAACAAAACAUUUCCCAUCAGAGAAACAGAGGAGGGAGAAGGCCCCAGGAAAUAAGAGAAAACGGAAGCCUAGAGGUCGCCAGCCCAAGGUACCCAAGCACACCGUGGACAGCGGCGGUGUGAUCAACAUCAGCGAUGACAGCAGUAGUGACUCCGAUGGCAUGGACACGGACUCCAACUCCUCACCAGACUCCCUGCUAGACAAUGACGAUGUCAUCUUUGUGAACCACACUAGCUGCCAAACAGCCAGGAUAGAGGAGAUGAAGCAGGGGCUCCUCAACAAGAUAUCCGUACUGGGAAAAGAACUACCUCUCAACACCUUGGACGAGCUCAUCGAUAAGUUUGGAGGACCAGAUAAAGUCUCAGAGAUGACUGGUCGUAAGGGUCGUGUGGUACGGCGUCUUGACGGCAGCGUCCGUUACGAGUCACGGGCUGAACAGGGUCUUACCAUUGACCACAUAAACAUCAAGGAGAAAGAUCGCUUCAUGAGUGGAGAGAAGUUGGUGGCCAUCAUCUCAGAGGCGGCCAGCUCUGGGAUUUCCCUGCAGGCGGACAAGCGAGUGAAAAACCAAAGGCGCAGGGUCCACAUGACCUUGGAGCUGCCUUGGAGUGCAGACAGGGCCAUCCAGCAAUUUGGUCGCACCCAUCGGUCCAAUCAGGUGACAGCCCCAGAGUACAUUUUCCUCAUCUCUGAGUUGGCUGGGGAGAGACGUUUUGCCUCCAUUGUGGCUAAGAGACUAGAGAGCCUGGGUGCAUUAACCCAUGGAGACAGAAGAGCCACAGAAACUAGAGACCUGAGCAAGUACAAUUUUGAGAACAAGUACGGUACCAAGGCUCUAGAUAAAAUCACCAAAGCAAUCCUUGGCCACAUAGAGAACAAGGUGCCCCCUCCCAAAGGCUACCCUGCGGGUGACGCCAUGUUUUUCAGAGACAUGAAACUUGGAAUGAUAGAUGUGGGCAUCUUUUGUAAGGAGUCUCGCUUUGGGAUCAGUACUGAGAAAGACUGCAGCAUCACAAAGUUCUUAAAUCGCAUCCUGGGGCUGGAGGUCCACAAGCAGAACUAUCUCUUCCAGUACUUCACUGACAACUUUGACUACCUAAUCGAGAAGGAUAAGAAGGAGGGCAAAUAUGACAUGGGAAUCCUAGACCUUGCCCCGGGUAACGAUGAGAUCUAUGAGGAGAAGCAGGAAACUUUCUUGACAGCUGGAAACCCUCAGGAUGGACAGGUUGUUCUCUAUAAGAUCAGUGUGGACAGAGGUAUGCCCUGGGAUGAGGCCCUCAACAGGUCACGGAAGCUCAGCGGUCCUGAUGAGGGAUUCUACCUGUCCCUGAAGCUGCGAGGUAACAACCCGUGUGUGCUGCUAGCUGAGCAAGGAAGAGGCAAGCACCUCAUAGUCUACAAGCCUAACAUUGGCAAGCAGGCCCACCCUGAGAGCCUGGAGAACCUGCAGCAACGUUACCGGAAGGUGACUUCAGAGGAAGCCAGGGAAAUCUGGGAAAACCAGUUCACCUUCUCCUUCAAGAAGUGUAGCCAUGCCAACUGGAAUGGGAAGUGUAAGAAAAUUGAGGAAGGCCAGGAGUGUCUGCAGGGCAUGCGCCUCCGUCAGUACCACAUGUUGUGUGGUGCUCUUUUGCGUGUGUGGAAGCGCGUAUCCGACGUGGUGUCUGACAUCACCAACACCAGCAUCCUGCAGAUCGUCCGCCUUAAAACCAAGCAGCAUAACAAGCAAGUCGGUAUCAAGAUCCCAGAGAACUGUGUGGCACGCGUGCGCGAGGAGCUGUUGCUAAUGGACGAGGAGGUGAAGAGGAGACGAAAGGAGAGGGAGCAGCAGGCUGUGGAGCAGCGACUGGUUGAGGAACGUAGGCGUAAGAUGGAGCAGGACAACAAACACCUCCUGGAAAAUCUGUUCAACCAGAAACCCAUGCUCAACCAGUCCCUCACUCACCCCCACCAGUCUCUCACCCAAAAUCAGAUCCAAAACCCUCUACAGAGGACACAAACUGGUAACCUCUCUCAGCUACAGAGAAUACAAGCCCAACCCCAGCCCACUUUACAGCAGCCCUCCCAGAACUUAACCCUUUUGUCCUUGCAGAGAAAUCCCAGCCAAACCCAGCAAAGGACCCAUAACAGCUGGCCCAACAAUUCCACCUCCACCGCCAACCAGGGCCCUCUGUCCAACAUGGUCAUCCCCUCCUCCGGUCUGCCACAGUUUUACCCCCAAUUUUUGUCCAAUUUUCCACAGCUGAAGAACCCGUCUCUUCCACACCAUCAGGCUGCGCUGCCUCCCAACUUGUCUUCCAAGAAUCCCCUGGAUGAGAUCUUGGACCUGACUGUGAGCUCGCCAUCCCCUUCCACAGACACCACAGAAGGCGGACAAAAUCUGGACAGUCUCGCGAGACACUCGGCAGCAUUCGGAGACGACUUUAAUCUGUCUGUUGAGUCUCUGAUCUCUCAGAAUGCACAGAAUGCCCAGCACGCUGCACAGCUACCGCAGCCUCCUUUGCUACAGCAGCAGCAGCAACAGCAACAUCUGCAGCAGCAGCAACAUCUGCAGCCCAAUAACCAAGACUUGUUAGAUUUUUUUGACUUGCCCCUGUCUCCCCUGAUGACCGCGCAGAAAGACAGCCCUUCAUCCUCUACCUCCUCUGGCUCUUCCUCCACAUCCUCCACAUCCUCCACAACUUCUUUGUCAAACAACCUGCUUUCUCACACCUCCGCCGGCCUCCUGUCCAUCCCAACGUCGUCCUCUUCUCUCUUCUCCAGCCCGUCCGCAUCCUCUCUGUUUUCCAACUCUUCCUCUCACUUCCCUUCUCCCUACCCCCCCCUCCAGGGGUCAGACUCUCUUUCCUUACCCAACGGCCACUGCAGCGCCUCCGCCCUUGACGUCCGCGAGGCUCUGAACAGCAUGCUACAGGCCGGACUGGACCGCAAAUCUGUCAUACAAUACCGGCAACCAGAGUAGGAGCUUAAACAGCAACAGCUCGUCUGGACUUUUCUUUGGGUGUUUUUUUUUGUUGUUGUUGUUGGUUGUUUGGUCUUUUUAAAGCAGAUUGUGUCUUGUUCGCUGCUGUCUGUGAUCGCACCCUCGGACCUACUCCCUCUCCCCUCAGGGCCUAUAGUCACGUCACUGCCUAUCCUGCGCUCGGCUCACCCUUCCUCUAUCCACCUGUAGCGUUCACCUGCUUGAGGCUGUCGAGGUGAUAGCGGGCCCGAUCAAUAUCAGAUUUAUGCACCAAAAAGUGCGUCCUCCACAGUGAAAGGCAGCUGUAAAACAAAAAAAGUGAGAAGAAAACCCCCUCCACCAUGUGAUUAACUGUAUUUUAUUGACCAUAUGAGCUGUCAAAACAAAAGCUCAUUCAUUGAGGUGUGGAAAAUCUUUAAUAAACCUCCCGCUGCUGAUUUUACGAGGUAUGACUGGUGAAGUUGCUGGAAGCUCUAAACGCCUUUCACCAGUUAAAAACCGCAUCUUUAGACUUUGCUUUACUGUUACUUCGCUUCAUGGCUGUUUGUCUUGACUAAAACAAGGCUGUAUGCAAGGCUUGGUUUGAGUGAAACUAAAGAUAGUGUUGAACUGGAAGAUGAGGGAAAAAAAAAGAAAACCCCAGAUAAAAUCUUUUAGCUGAAUAGCCAUGAAAUGCCUCAGUUUUCUUUCUUUCUUUUUUUUCUUCUACAUCCUUCCUAUUGUUUCUCUCCCUGCUUGUAUGAACACUAGUGUGAGGAAAAAGGGAGAGGAAGAGCAGUCUGCUGUUGCAAACAGUGCCUUUGGAGAAAUCUAUAAAUGCAGUCUUUAAAAAUCCAUGUAGCCUAUGUAUAGAUUUGUACUCUUGAGCAUUGGUUUUAAUUUUAAUUUAAAUAUGGUAUAUUUGUAUUUGACUUUUAGACCCCUCAGUCAGUCAGUCAGUCAGUCAGUCAGUCAUGGUCAGGUCAGUCAGUCAGUCAGUUCAUGUUGUUUGUGAUUACACCUAUGCUGGUGG